GAGGGACGGGAGGAGGAAAGUAGAGGAGAGGAAGAGAGAUAUUGAAGGAGUCAGCACAGUUAGCGAGUGAGGGAGGGAGCCAGGGAGAAGAGAAAAAGAAAGAGUGGGAAAGAGGGAGCAAAAAAAUAAAGAGAAAAAGAGGUACAGCUCAGCAAAUCAGGCUUUCAGCCAGACAUAAUUCCCUACUCAGCUGCUGUGUUCUAGCCAGAGAGGAGAGUUUCACUGCCUCUGAAAAGUGAGAGAGAGCAACAAAAAAACGAGAGAAAGCGAGAGAGGGGAAAAAGCUAACUCGCUGUGGAAGAGAGGGAGAGAGAGAGAGAAAGAGAGAGAGCGAGAUCGGCUGAGACAGACAGAGAGAGAGAGAGAGAGAGAGAGAGAGAGAGAGAGAGAGAGAGAGAAAGAAUAAGAGGUUCUCUGUCCAGAGUUUAGGAGGAGAAAAUGGAUUCCGACUCGGGGGAGCAGAGUGAGGGGGAUCUCCCAGGCCAGGAGUGUUUCAACUCUCGCUCCCUGGCCCUCCAGGCACAGAAGAAGAUCCUAUCCAAGAUGGCGACCAUGGCGGUGGCCAACCUCCUGACGGACGACGUCAGCAGUGAGAUCCUGGACGAGCUGUACAAGGCCAGCCGGGAGUUCACUAAGAGUAAGAAGGAGGCCCACAAGAUCGUCAAAGACAUCAUCAAGAUCGCCCUGAAGAUCGGCAUCCUGUACCGCAACCACCAGUUCAGCCCAGACGAACUGGACACGGUCGAACGCUUCAAGAAGAAGAUGAACCAUGCGGCCAUGACGGCAGUCAGCUUCUACGAGGUGGAUUACACGUUCGACCACCACAUUCUGUCAGAGUUGCUGCUGGAAUGCCGGGAUCUUCUGCAUGCGCUGGUGGAGCAGCACCUGACCCUGCGGUCGCACACUCGCAUCGACCACGUGUUCAACCACUUUGCCCACGGGGAGUUCCUGGCCGAGCUGUACGGAGACAGAGAGGAGUACAGACUGUACCUGAGGAAGAUCUGCAAUGGGAUCAACAAACUGCUGGAUGAGGGAACGCUUUAACCUCUAACCCCUGAUCUCUCACCUCUCACCUUUAACCUGACAUUUCACCCUGUUCCUCCCUUCCUAUUACUCAAUCUCCAUGGUUGCGGCUCAAAAAUCCCCCCUUUCUCCUGAAGUGUGCACUUGUUCACUUCCCUUCAUGGAUUUGAAAGGAAAUGAUUGGUAUAUGGAACCUCCUUGUAGCCCAUGCUUACACUAAUCCAAUAUAUUUACAUUUGUGGGGAGUAGCAAAUGAGUGCACACUUCAGGAAGAAGGAGAGAUUAUUGGGACACACUCCUCCUCUUCCUCCGGUUUCUCCACAAAUCUGCUUUUCCUCCUCCUCUCAUUCCUUCUCUUUUUUUAAAUCCGCUCCUGGUCUGUUCUGUUCUACCUUUACCCUUCUUUUUCCUCCUGUUCUCCCACUUCCUCCUCUUUUCUCUCCUCCUCUCCCACUUCCUCCUCUCUUUUCUCUCCUCCUCUCCCACUUCCUCCUCUCUUUUCUCUCCUCCUCUCCCACUUUCUCCUCUCUUUUCUCUCCUCCUCUCCCACUUCCUCCUCUCUUUUCUCUCCUACCCUCAUCUCCCUGCUCCUCUUCUUUCCUGUCCUUGUUUCUCUCCGUAUUCUCCUGCUCCUCUUCUUUCCUCUCCUUGUUUCACUCCUUUUCUCUAUGGAGUUGCCAUGACAUUGAUGAACUUUAUGUAUAAUUCUAAGAUAUUUACCUGGUAUCACAGCUCUGUUCUGCGAGGUGUUUUCUCUACAUCCCUCUACAUCCCUCUCCCUCUCCCUCUCCCUCUCCCGCACCAUCCCCAAAGUUGGUAAGAGUGUGGCGCUAGCAAAUCCAUGGUAAUUGGUUCACUUCCCACAAGGAUCAUACACACAUAUUAAAGACAUAUUCACUCACACACUGUUCUGUUAGUGGCUUUGCAAAAAACAUCUGCUAAGUGACAGAUAUUAUGUCCUAAUAAAGUCUAGGAAGUCACUACAGGAGAGUGUGAAAGGGGGGGUGGAUCACCAGCGUAGCGUCUGAUAGGCUAUGACUGCGACUGGUCGUUCACAUAGCAACGCAGCCUACAUAAAACAACAAGACCCAUGAGAGACCUGUGAAUCAGAAGAGUUUUUUCCCUCUUUGGCAUUCAAGAUAUCCAAAAUCUGUGUUGAUUACGUGAUAGCAACAUUAUACAUACUGUAGUGUUCGUACUUAUAGCUUUACUGCUCUGAAUCAAGGCCAAAAAUAAUUAUGAUGUUUUGUAAAUACACUGUUUGUUCUCUCUCCUUUUGUCAUUAUUACUGUGUGUGGGCGUCAUGGUGUCUUAUAUCAGGACCUGGAGUUUUUCCUGACCAGGUGACCUUCAUUACAAGGAAAAACUCCUGAUCGUGUAGUUCUGCAUACUGUAUACAUCGUUAACCAAUCACAGCCAACCGUCACCAUUUCCUGCCAAAUACUAAGGCUGGGAUUCAAUCCUCCACGCACCCUAACAAUCUUUUAAAAAAGGAGGCCCACAAGAUGUUUACCAUGAAUACGAUCUCCGUGAAUGUCGGGGCAAAUGCCUUUAAAAGCUGCAUUGUUGGUUGUAUAGUGACCUGCGGUGUAGCACGCCACGGAUUGAGGCCAGGCCUAAAUGAAUCUUGCAGUUCUGACUGUUAAGGCCUUGAAGAUAACUCUGUCCCUAUGGUUUUCUCUGCAUUUUCCCUAUCGGGCAGUGUUUUGUGUGUGUAUGUGUGUGUGUGUGUAUGUACACAUUUUACUAUACUUGUGAGUACAAGAAUAGUAAACCAACUAAAAUUCAGGGAAGUGAGGAAAUAUUGCCGGUACUCACUUGCAAAAAUGCUUUUAAGGUUUAGGAAUUAGGUUAUGGGUUAGUGUUAGAAUUAGAAUUAGGGUUAGGGUUAGGGGUUAGGGGUGAAUGUUAGGAUAAGGAUUAGGGUUAGGUUUAGGGUUAAGGAAAAUAGGAUUAUGAAUCAAUUGUUGGUCCCCAAAAAGUUCUCACAAGUAUAGUAAGACAUACAGUAUGUGUGUGUGUGUGUGUGUGUGUGUGUGUGUGUGUGUGUGUGUGUGUGUGUGUGUGUGUGCUUGCUUGCGUGCGCAUCAUGUGUCUGUAUCCUCUUUGCCAGGGUGUAACACGUUUAUCUUUUAUUAAAGAUUCCUUAUAAAUCA